GCCACUAAUUUCUGUCCACAAAAUGACAGUCAAACCGUCUCAUUGUUUCCAUCAAAUAGCAGAAGGUUACCUUAAUUAAUUAAGGUUCCUUGGCAUCAUCAAGGAGUUAGCCAAUUUGGGCAUAGACUUUGAUGAUGAAGUGAAUGGUCUGAUUCUUCUCAAUACCUUGCCGGAAUCAUGGGAGAGUUUUAGAUCAACAACAAUAAACUCAUCUCCUAGUGGUCAAGUCACACUGGAAAUUGCCAAAAACAGGAUCUUUGAAGAGGAAAAAAGGAUGCGGGCACUUGGAGUCUUCUUGCAACCAGAUACUCAAGCUCUUGUCAUGGAAAAUAGAGGCAGGAGUAAAACCAGAGAACCCAGAGGACGAGGAGGCAAAUCCAGAUCAAAGUUCAAAAGUGGAGUGAAAUGCUAUCAUUGUGGCCAGCUAGGCCACAUGAAAAGGAAUUGCUACUUGUUGAAAGGAAAAGACAAGAAAAAGGUUGAAGAUGGCAAUACAACCGCUGUAGCAUCUACCAGUGGCGGUGACGUGACUCUACUAUGUGAUCGUGGGGAGUACUGCCAUGUAGAAAACUCGGAUGCCGAGUGGAUAAUUGAUUCUGGUGCCUCUUAUCAUUGUGUUCCCAAAAGGGAAUAUUUUUCAACAUACAAAGUAGGAGACUUUGGCACCAUAAAAAUGGGAAACAAGAGUGUUUCUCAUAUUAUGGGAGUUGGUGAUAUCUGUGUCCAAACAAAUGUUGGGUGCACAUUGACACUAAAAAAUGUGCGACAUGUUCCUGAUAUGCGUAUGAACCUGUUGUCUGCAAAAGCACUAGAUGAAGAAGGAUACGCACACUACUUCGGGAAUGGCAACUGGAAACUCACCAAAGGAUCAAUGGUGGUGGCAAAAGGGAGAGCAUGUUGCUCAUUAUACAAGACACACAUGAAAAUGUGUGGAGGUCAACUAAACACAGUUGAAGAUGAGGCUUCUCCAAAUUUAUGGCAUAAUAGAUUAGCUCACAUGAGUGAGAAAGAAUUGCAACUUUUGGCUAAGCAGUCCCUUAUUCUCAUGGCCAAAGGUGAAUAUGUGAAUCCUUGUGAUGUUUACCUAUUUGGAAAGCAACACCGAGUUUCUUUUCAGAAGAAUUUGACUCGGAAGGAGAACAAGUUAGACUUGGUCUACUUUGACGUUUGUGGUCCCCUGGAGGUACAGUCAUUUGGUGGCAAUAAAUAUUUUGUUACCUUUAUUGAUGAUGCAACUCGGAAGACUUGGGUAUACUUGUUGCAGAAUAAAAGCCAAGUUUGCAAGUAUUUUCAGCAUUACCAUGCUAUGGUGGAAAGGGAGACAGGGUUGAAGUUGAAAUGUCUUCGUACAGAUAAUGGAGGGGAGUACACCUCCAAAGAAUUCAGAGACUACUGUUCCAAGCAUGGCAUGAGGCAUGAGAAGACAGUUCCUGGCACUCCACAACACAACGGUGUUGCAGAACGGAUGAACCGUACCAUUGUGGAGAAAGUUCGAUGCAUGCUAAGAAUGGCAACUCUACCUAAGCCAUUCUGGGGUGAAGCAGUCAACACAGCAGUUUAUUUGAUCAACCAGUCACCUUCAGUUCCUUUGAAUUUUGAAAUCCCAGAGAAAGCUUGGACGGGAAAGGAUGUUGGAUACUCUCACUUGAGAGUGUUCGGGUGCAAAGCAUUUAUGCACGUGCCAAAGGAACAGAGAUCAAAGCUGGAUGAUAAAACUAUUCCAUGCAUUUUUGUUGGAUAUGGUGAUGAGGAGUUUGGCUACAGACUAUGGGACCCAGAAAAGAAGAAAACUGUCAGAAGUAGAGAUGUCGUGUUUCAUGAACACGAGAAAAUUAAUGAUUUGAAGGAGGACAAAGCUACAGGAAGCUCUGGAGAGGGUGUAGAAGAUUUAACACUGGCAAAAACUCCUUCAAGAAAAAUUACAAAUGAAGAAGAGGUGCAAGCACCAGAAGAUGAGACAGAGGAGCCAACAAUUGAAGAAGAUGAAGCAAGUGUAGAUGGGGGAAAUGAUGAGCAGGGGGAGCAACCCCUGCCACAGGAGGAAGAACCUCAGUUGAGAAGGUCCACCAGAGAGCACAAACCAUCUGCAAGAUACUCCAAUUCUGAUUAUAUCUUGAUCACUGAAGAGGGGGAGCCGGAGAACUUCCAGGAGGGGCAAAAAACCCUGAAGAACAAAUGGGUGUUCAAGCUCAAGAAAGAUGGUGAUAAGAUAGUUAGAUAUAAGGCUUGGCUGGUGGUAAAGGGCUUCAGUCAGAAAAAAGGGAUUGAUUUUGAUGAAAUAUUUUCCCCAGUGGUGAAGAUGAGCUCAAUUCGAGUUGUGCUCGGUCUAGCAGCAAGCAUGAAUCUUGAGCUUGAGCAGUUAGAUGUGAAAACUGCAUUUCUCCAUGGUGACUUGCAUGAGGAAAUUUAUAUGGAUCAGCCAGAAGGUUUUGAAGAAAAAGGGAAGGAGCAUAUGGUUUGCAAGUUGAAGAAGAGCUUGUAUGGACUAGAGCAAGCUCCAAGACAAUGGUACAAGAAGUUUGAUUCUUUUAUGAUGAGUCAUGGUUACCAAAGAACAAAUGUAGAUCCAUGUGUCUACAUCAGAUCAUUCCCUGAUGGCAACUUCAUUAUCCUUUUGUUAUAUGUUGAUGAUAUGCUGAUUUUGGGACAAGAUGUUGAGAAAAUUUGCAGUGCGGAGGCUCCAAUUUCUUGGAUUAACAACAACUCAGACCCUAGAUGGGACUCAGAAGAGUUGACACUGCAACCUAUCUUCGUCAAUGAGCCUUUCGUUUGUGGCUUCCACUGCAAAGUUGCAGAAAACAACACCUGCCUCUUUGCUAUCUCCAUCUUCGUUCCUGGAGGCAGCUCAUAUCCAAAUAAUCCAAUUUCAAAAAUGAUAUGGUCUGCUAAUCGAAACAAUCCGGUUGGACGUGGGGCGAAAUUGCAACUUUCCCAACAAGGGGAUCUAACACUGCAAGAUGUUGACAGCACUUUGGUUUGGUCUACUAAAAUAGCAGGUAAAUCUACUUCGGAAUUGAUGUUAACCGAUUCUGGUAACCUUAUGCUGUUUGAUAGAAACAAGGAGAUGGUUUGGCAGUCUUUUGAUCACCCGACUGACUCUUUGGUGCCAGGACAGAGACUAGUUUCUGGGAAAAAAUUGGUGGCAAAUAUGUCAGCCACAAAUUGGAGUGAGGGUUUAUAUUCAUUUUCAAUUGAUAAUAAUGGUUCUUUUGUUGCUUAUAUGGAAUCAGAUGCUACCCUGCUUUAUUACCAAGCCCCUGGUUCUCAAUUAAGAAGCAAAACGGGCCAGUUUUAUGCUGAAUACGACUCCACCAGUUUUGGUACCUUUCACUUUCCAGAAGUUAGAAUUGCAACUUUAGCUUUUAGUGUUAUACAAUUAGACCAUGAUGGGCACUUGAGCAAGUUCUGGGGGACAGAAACAGGAGGGAUACUGCAGCUGCCCAGAAGCAGAUAAAAACAGAGAUACAUAUACGUAUUUCAGGCAAAUAAAUUCUUCACAGCAAA